GCCUCGGCUGCUUUCCCAAGCGCAAGCACAGCAGGCAGACGGUGGCGAGGCGAGCAUCACCCCAGCCCCUCCCCAGCAACUCCCACCCCUUCUAGUUGCGGACCGGAGAGACGCCUUCUUCUUCUUCCUCCUCCUCCUCCUCUCACCGAUCCAUCCCACGGAGAGCUGGAGUGACCGGGGUUCCCGAGCCUCAGCCGGCUUCGCUUCCCCCCCCCCCACCACCCGGUUGUCUUCCGCCCCGUCCGGUUGUCUCCAGAGGGGGAAAGCCGCCAGAGCCCCGGAGCGGCAGGUGCGGCCAAGUCUCAGAUCCGCAGCCCGCGCGCAGUCCUUGGCCAGGACCUGACGCCAUCCGCGCGGCUUCCUCGGCCCUUCGCCCGCUCCCGUCGGAGCUUACAAGGAAGAAGUGACCACAGAAGUGUCAGAAAAGCUCCCCUUCAGAUUCACAAGGAUGUGGCUUUGAAUUGCUCUGGACCUUUGACGAAGUGGAUUGUUUAUCUUUCAAAAUUCAUGCUGUGCAGUUUUGUUCCUGGAACUAAUUGACCUUUGCAAUUCUACCUGGUGUUCUUCCUCUUGCCGUUGUUCUCACAAUGAGCGGCAUUUUCUCAUACUUGGACCCCCGGCGGAUCCAGUGGGGAGCCACAUGGUAUGCCAUGCACUCAAGAAUCCUUCGCACCAAACCGGUAGAAUCCAUGCUGGAAGGCACAGGCACCACCACCCAUGGAACAAAACUGGCCCAGGUACUCACCACCCUGGAUUUGGUUUCUUUAGGCGUUGGAAGUUGUGUGGGGACUGGCAUGUAUGUGGUUUCUGGCCUCGUUGCUAAGGAGAUGGCAGGCCCUGGAGUCAUCGUUUCCUUCAUCAUUGCUGCUGUAGCCUCCAUCUUGUCUGGGGUUUGUUAUGCUGAAUUUGGAGUACGGGUACCCAAAACAACAGGCUCCGCCUACACCUACAGCUACGUGACGGUGGGGGAGUUUGUGGCUUUUUUUAUUGGAUGGAACCUAAUCCUCGAAUAUCUGAUUGGUACAGCAGCUGGUGCCAGUGCUCUAAGCAGCAUGUUUGACUCCCUGGCCAAUCACACCAUCAGUCACUGGAUGAUUGACAGCGUUGGGACUUUGAAUGGAUUGGGUAAAGGGGAAGAGUCCUACCCUGAUCUACUAGCUUUGGUUAUUGCAGUGAUUGUAACUAUCAUAGUUGCUUUGGGAGUGAAAAAUUCAGUAGGACUGAACAAUGUGUUGAAUGUGAUCAAUUUGGCUGUGUGGAUCUUCAUCAUGAUUGCAGGAUUUACCUAUGUGAAUGGAGAAUACUGGGCUGAGGGGCAGUUCCUGCCAUUUGGAUGGUCAGGGGUACUACAAGGGGCAGCCACUUGUUUUUACGCCUUCAUUGGUUUCGACAUCAUUGCUACUACAGGAGAAGAAGCCAAGAGUCCCAAUACAUCUAUCCCAUAUGCCAUCACUGCUUCCUUGGUCACAUGCCUGGUGGCAUAUGUAUCUGUGAGCAUUGUCUUAACACUGAUGGUGCCAUACACUGACAUUGAUACGGAAUCACCCCUGAUGGAGAUGUUUGCAGCUCAUGGAUUUUACACGGCCAAGUUCAUAGUUGCUAUUGGAUCUGUUGCUGGGCUCACCGUGAGCUUGCUGGGCUCCCUCUUCCCAAUGCCUCGAGUAAUUUAUGCUAUGGCUGGUGAUGGACUUCUCUUUAGAUUCUUGGGCCAUGUAAGCUCUUAUACUGAGACUCCCGUAGUAGCGUGCAUUGUCUCGGGAUUUCUAGCAGCACUCCUCUCCUUGCUAGUGAGCCUGAGGGACCUGAUAGAGAUGAUGUCCAUUGGUACUCUGCUGGCCUACACGUUGGUCUCCGUGUGUGUCCUGCUUCUGCGGUACCAACCGGAGAGCGAUAUCGAUGGCUUCGUCAAAUUCCUUUCUGAAGAGCACACAAAAAAGAAAGAAGGGAUUUUAGCUGACUGUGAAAAAGAAGUUUGCUCCCCGGUUAGCGAAGGGGAAGAUUUUGCGGGACCUCCCACCAACACCUGCGGUGCAAAGAACCUCCCUUCCUUGGGGGACAAUGAGAUGCUAAUUGGAAAAUCAGACAAGUCCACCUACAACAUCAACCAUCCCAACUAUGGCACAGUUGACAUGACCUCAGGGAUAGAAGCAGACGAGUCUGAAAACAUCUAUCUCAUCAAGUUGAAGAAAUUGAUAGGGCCACGAUAUUACACGAUGAGAAUCCACCUUGGAUUGCCAGGGAAAAUGGACAGGCCGACAGCAGCUACAGGCCAGACUGUUACCACCUGUGUACUCUUGCUGUUUGUCCUUAUGUUUGUCUUCUGCUCUUUCAUUAUCUUUGGAGUGGACUAUCUUUAUGACCAAAGCUGGUGGGCCAUUCUUCUGGUGGUCCUCAUGGUUCUACUGAUCGUUAUGUUGGUUUUUGUUAUUCUUCAACAGCCAGAAAACCCCAAAAAGCUGCCUUACAUGGCCCCCUGCCUACCUUUCGUUCCUGCGUUUGCUAUGCUCGUGAACAUCUAUCUCAUGCUGAAACUUUCAAAGAUCACUUGGAUACGGUUUGCGGUCUGGUGUUUUGUGGGGCUGCUGAUUUAUUUUGGCUACGGCAUAUGGAACAGUACACUGGAAAUCACAGCUCGAGAGGAAGCUUUGCACCAAAGCACAUACCAGCGUUACGAUGUUGAUGUGGAUCCGUUCUCCAUCGAAGAAGGAUUUGACUCCGCUGGGAAUGAAAAAUAUCAGGACUGGGAUCCUGCUGAUGACAAAGGUUUCUCUUAUCAGCAGAUGGCUGAAGGAAAGGAAAGCAGUCGGACAAGUAGCAAAUCAAAGAACAAAGCCAAACACAAAGCGAACUCAGAUGUGUUGAUCUCUAACGAUGAGUUAGACUACUCACCAGAGUAGAUGCGCUAGAAAUACAACCAUGUCAUUUUAUUUUAUUUGGUCACUUGAGCUGAAAUUCAGGGGCUGCAUUCACACAACAACUGUUCAACCCUGCAUUCAAAUGGAUUCACCCAUUUGGGGCGACUAAUAAUAUGAACCAUUAUGGCCUAACUCAACAAGCAUUUCCGCAAUGUGGCAAGCUUCACGAGUUUCGUGCAAGCUCAACAUAUUGUGCAAAUGCAUUUGUUAGGUCUUUAAAUGAUCCGGUUCACAGUGUUGUGUGAAUCGAGGCCACAACUUCUUUUAGCUUUUAUUUGAAACCCUUCAUUCUUAUCAAGGUUUGGAUCCUUCUGCCAGUACUUCUUUCACUCACUCUCUGCUGCUCGGGAUGGUUCU